CGUGACUUUCUGGAGCAUCUCGCCCAAAUCUAGUUGCUACCCAUUCCAGAGCUUGCAGCAAUACAUCGGACAUACUCACCAUGGUCCAAUACCUCUGUUUCCUCGUUGCUACUCUCCUUGCGGCCUCUGCAGUCAUUGCCCACCCGGGCCACGACGUGGCCGAGGAGGCCGUGGAAAGGGCAGAGUUCUUCAAGCGCAACCCACGAACGUUGCGGUCCUGCGCGUCCGCGUUGAGCAAAAGAGGACUGGAGUCGGCCAGCAUUGCUCGCCGACGGGCCCUGGCCGACGACUUGCGCAAGCGCCGUGGUCUGGCCGGCAAACCUCUGAUCCACCGACGAGACUUCAGCGCCUACAACUUCACGCACCAGAGCACCGACUCGGCCGUAUCGCUGGACGUGGACGAGACGGUCCUCUUCGCGGACAACUCCUCGUGCGCGCUGCAGGCCGACGUCACCCAAGGCCCGUACUUUGUCAAGGGAGAGCUGAUCCGCCCGAACCUGGUGGAGGACCAGCAGGGCGUCCCGCUCACGCUGGACAUCCAAAUCAUCGACACGACCACCUGCGAGCCGAUCCCGGCUCUGUUUCUGGACAUCUGGCACUGCAACUCCACAGGCGUGUACAGCGGCGUGGUUGCCUCGGGGAACGGGAACAGCAACGACAGCACGAAUCUCAACCAGACCUUUCUGAGAGGGAUUCAGCAGACCGACGGGAACGGCAUUGCCCAGUUCGAGACGCUUUUCCCAGGGCACUAUACCGGGCGCGCCAACCACAUCCACGUCCUCACGCACAACCAAAACGCCACGACCGUCCGCGUGAACGGCACGUUACUCGGCACCAAUGCGUCGGCCAACGUCCACGCCUCACAUGUCGGCCAGCUUUUCUUCGACCAAGACCUCAUUGCCCAGGUCGAGGCGGUUUCUCCUUACGCCACAAACACUCAAGAGUUGACGUUGAAUUCGGAGGACAGUAUCCUGGGUUCAGAAGCUGACAGCACCGAUCCUUUUGUUGAGUACGUGCUGCUGGGAGACACGGUGCAGGACGGGAUUCUGGCCUGGAUCAGCAUUGGAAUCGAUCCGACCGAAGACGAGGAAGUCAGCAAUGCCGCUACAUACUACAAAGACGGGGGAGUAGCCUCGGAUAACAACGCAAUGGGAGGAGCAGGCGGAGGCAGUCCACCAAACGGCACUGCGGCUAGUCAGGGAGCACCCAGUGGGAGCCUGCCAGCGACCAGUUUGAGUCAGCCGAGUGCAUAGACGAUGAUUUCGUUUCGUUCUGCAUUGUUAUCGCAUCUAGUGGUUUUACUCCCGGUAGAAGACCACGCAGCGAUCGUUGAGGGGGUAAAGGUGUUCCAGGGAUUUGAUUAUAUGGUUGAUAGUAUGUCCGUUCGAAACGCUUUGACCUCCUUCGUCAGAGACAUACCUGCGUCACCUCGGGACCCAGUCGUGAAAGGAUCGACGGGAUGAGGCUCCAAUCCGUAAGGCUGAGAAGGCGCAGUCCAUAGCUUCUACUUCGUAACUUGCGCAGGUCCUGUGGCUCCAUCGGCUUCAAUUACUUGUCGCCUGCUUUGCGACGUGCCUGAGGCUCAAAGCCUAGAAAACACAGGGGAAAGUGUUGAUGAGGAGAAAGCACGGAGGCGACGAAGCACCGUAAGGGAAGGGAGAUAGGAUCCUUGCAGGGAAAGAGGCGUGAGAUCAUGAUUGUCAAGUCUCGCCAGGGCGUAGAAUAUUCUGGCUAACGGUUUGAAGUCUUUGUGGGAUUCUCUGCAAGAGUAUCUGGAGGUGAG